AUGGGCCGGUGGCCUCGGAAACAGGACCCGGCCCAGGCGCAGAGGUGCCGGUGCCGGGCCGCAGGUCGGGGAGGAGACGGCCCAGUGGGAGCACCCGGGAGCCGGGAGUGGGGGCCACAGACCGGGCCUGGGGGUCCCGUCGGCGGGGACACAGUCCCUUUGGAUCUGCGCUUCAACAGAAUCCGAGAGAUCCAGCCCGGAGCCUUCAGGAGGCUGAAAAACCUGAACACCUUGCUUCUGAACAACAACCAGAUCAAGAGUAUACCUGGCGGAGCAUUUGAGGACUUGGAGAAUUUGAAAUAUCUCUAUCUGUACAAGAAUGAAAUCCAGUCGAUUGACAGGCAAGCGUUUCAGGGACUUUCCUCUCUAGAACAACUAUACCUGCACUUCAACCAGAUAGAAACUCUGGACCCCGAGUCCUUUCAGCAUCUGCCGAAGCUGGAGAGGCUAUUUUUACACAACAACCGAAUUGCACACCUGGUCCCAGGGACGUUUAGCCACUUGGAGUCCAUGAAAAGACUGCGGUUGGACUCCAACGCGCUCCACUGCGACUGUGAGAUCCUGUGGCUGGCGGACUUGCUGAAGACCUACGCCAGGUCUGGCAACGCGCAGGCAGCCGCCACCUGCGAGUAUCCCAGACGCAUCCAGGGCCGGUCGGUGGCCACCAUCACCCCGGAGGAGCUGGACUGUGAAAGGCCCCGGAUCACGUCGGAGCCCCAGGACGCCGACGUCACCUUGGGGAACACCGUGUUCUUUACCUGCAGAGCUGAGGGCAACCCCAAACCCGAGAUCAUCUGGCUGCGAAACAACAACGAGCUGAGCAUGAAGACAGACUCUCGCCUGAACCUGCUGGACGAUGGGACCCUGAUGAUUCAGAACACGCGGGAGACGGACCAGGGUGUCUACCAGUGCAUGGCCAAGAACGCGGCCGGGGAGGCCAAGACGCAGGAGGUGACCCUCAGGUACUUUGGGUCUCCAGCUCGACCCACUUUUGUAAUCCAGCCUCAGAACACGGAGGUGCUGGUCGGGGAGAGCGUCACCCUGGAGUGCAGCGCCACCGGCCACCCUCUGCCCAGGAUCACCUGGACCAAAGGUGACCGCACGCCCCUGCCGGUGGACCCGCGCGUGAGCAUCACGCCCUCCGGCGGCCUGUACAUCCAGAACGUGGCGCAGGAGGACAGCGGGGAGUACACCUGCUUCGCCGCCAACAGCCUCGACAGCAUCCACGCCACAGCCUUCAUCAUCGUCCAGGCUCUUCCUCAGUUCACUGUGACCCCUCAGGACAUAGCUGUGAUCGAGGGUCAGACAGUUGACUUCCACUGCGAGGCAAAGGGCUACCCGCAGCCGGUCAUUGCCUGGACAAAAGGAGGGAGCCAGCUGUCCGUGGACCGGCGGCACCUGGUCCUGUCGUCGGGGACACUCAGGAUCUCGGGCGUCGCCCUCCAUGACCAGGGCCAGUACGAGUGCCAGGCGGUCAACAUCAUCGGCUCCCAGAGGGUCGUGGCACACUUGACGGUCCAGCCCAGAGUCACCCCCGUGUUCAGCAGCAUUCCCAGCGACCAGACGGUGGAGGUGGGCACCAACGUGCAGCUCCCCUGCAGCUCCCAGGGGGAGCCCGAGCCGGCCAUCACCUGGAACAAGGAUGGGGUCCAGGUGACGGAAAGUGGGAAAUUUCACAUUAGCCCCGAGGGGUUCCUGACUAUCCACGACGUCGGGACCGCGGACGCAGGCCGCUACGAGUGCGUGGCCCGGAACACGAUCGGGCAGGCGUCGGUCAGCAUGGUGCUCAGCGUGAGCGUUCCUGACGUCAGCCGGAACGGGGAUCCGUUUGUAGCCACGUCCAUCGUGGAGGCGAUCGCCACUGUCGACAGGGCCAUAAACUCCACGCGGACGCACUUGUUUGACAGCCGUCCUCGCUCCCCCAACGACCUGCUGGCCUUGUUCCGCUACCCAAGGGACCCCUACACCGUGGAGCAGGCCCGAGCCGGGGAGAUAUUCGAGCGGACGCUGCAGCUGAUCCAGGAGCAUGUGCAGCACGGCCUCAUGGUCGACCUCAACGGAACCAGCUACCACUACAACGACCUGGUGUCCCCGCAGUACCUGAGCCUCAUCGCCAACCUGUCGGGCUGCACAGCCCACCGGCGCGUGAACAACUGCUCCGACAUGUGCUUCCACCAGAGGUACCGGACCCACGACGGCACCUGCAACAACCUGCAGCACCCCAUGUGGGGCGCCUCGCUGACCGCCUUCGAGCGCCUGCUGAAGUCCGUUUACGAGAACGGGUUCAACACGCCGCGGGGCGUGACCCCCGGCCGGCUGUACCACGGGCACCUGCUCCCCAUGCCCCGCCUGGUGUCCACCACGCUGAUCGGCACGGAGGCCGUCACGCCCGACGGGCAGUUCACCCACAUGCUCAUGCAGUGGGGCCAGUUCCUGGACCACGACCUGGACUCCACGGUGGUGGCCCUGAGCCAGGCCCGCUUCUCCGACGGGCAGCACUGCAGCUCCGUGUGCAGCAGCGACCCGCCCUGCUUCUCGCUCGCCAUCCCCCCCAACGACCCGCGGGUCAGGAACGGCGCCCGCUGCAUGUUCUUCGUGCGCUCCAGCCCCGUCUGCGGAAGCGGCAUGACCUCCCUGCUCAUGAACUCCGUGUACCCGCGGGAGCAGAUCAACCAGCUCACCUCCUACAUCGACGCCUCCAACGUCUACGGGAGCUCGGAGCACGAGGCCCGCGCCGUGCGCGACCUGGCGAGCCAGCGCGGGCUCCUGCGCCAGGGCAUCGUGCAGCGCUCGGGCAAGCCCCUGCUGCCCUUCGCCGCCGGGCCGCCCACCGAGUGCAUGCGGGACGAGAGCGAGAGCCCCAUCCCCUGCUUCCUGGCCGGCGACCACCGCGCCAACGAGCAGCUGGGCCUCACCAGCAUGCACACCCUGUGGUUCCGCGAGCACAACCGCGUGGCCACCGAGCUGCUGGCGCUGAACCCGCACUGGGACGGGGACACCCUGUACCACGAGGCCCGGAAGAUCGUGGGCGCGCAGAUGCAGCACAUCACCUACCAGCACUGGCUCCCCAAGGUGCUGGGCGAGGUGGGCAUGAAGAUGCUGGGCGAGUACCGCGGCUACGACCCCGGGGUCAGCGCGGGCAUCUUCAACGCCUUUGCCACGGCCGCCUUCCGCUUCGGGCACACGCUGAUCAACCCGGUGCUCUACCGGCUGGACGAGAACUUCGAGCCCAUCGCGCAGGGCCACGUGCCGCUGCACAAAGCCUUCUUCUCCCCGUUCCGCAUCGUGAACGAGGGCGGCAUCGACCCGCUGCUCCGGGGCCUGUUCGGCGUGGCCGGCAAGAUGCGCGUGCCCUCCCAGCUGCUGAACACGGAGCUCACCGAGCGCCUCUUCUCCAUGGCGCACACGGUGGCACUGGACCUGGCGGCCAUCAACAUCCAGCGUGGCCGCGACCACGGCAUCCCGCCCUACCACGACUACCGGGUCUACUGCAAUCUGUCCUCCGCCCACACCUUCGAGGACCUCAAAAAUGAGAUCAAAACCCCCGAGAUCCGGGAGAAACUCAAACGGUUGUACGGGUCCCCCCUCAACAUCGACCUGUUCCCCGCCCUCAUGGUGGAGGACCUGGUGCCCGGCAGCCGCCUGGGGCCCACCCUGAUGUGCCUGCUGAGCACGCAGUUCAAGCACCUGCGAGACGGGGACAGGUUGUGGUAUGAGAACCCCGGGGUGUUCUCCCCGGCCCAGCUGACCCAGAUCAAGCAGACGUCCCUGGCCAGGAUCCUGUGUGACAAUUCCGACAACAUCACGCGUGUGCAGAGGGACGUGUUCCGCGUGGCGGAGUUCCCCCACGGCUACAGCAGCUGUGAGGACAUCCCCAGGGUGGACCUGCGGGUGUGGCAGGACUGCUGUGAAGACUGCAGGACCAGGGGGCAGUUCAACGCCUUCUCGUAUCAUUUCCGAGGCCGGCGGUCCCUUGAAUUCAGCUACCAGGAGGACCAGCCCACCACGCAAGCAGGGCCUUGGCAGACCCCGAGUGCCGGGAAACACGGCCAGCGCCCCAGGAACGCCACGUCCGCCUCCUACGAGCACCCACAGGUCCCAGGGACGAGCGACUUCAGGGACUUCGUUCUGGAGAUGCAGAAGACCAUCACAGACCUCAGGACACAGAUAAAGAAACUGGAGUCGCGGCUCAGCACGGCUGAGUGCACCGACGCGGAUGGCGAGCCCCACGCGGACGGCACCCGGUGGAAGCGAGACACGUGCACCCUCUGUGAAUGCCGUGAUGGGCAGAUCACCUGCUUCGUGGAAGCGUGCCCGCCUACCGAUUGCCCAGCACCUGUGAGAAUCGACGGAGCCUGUUGUCCAUUCUGCCUGACAGACACCCCGGGAAAGCAGCCUUAGAUCCUCCGUGGUCCUGGAGCCCCUCCGAGCGUCCCCUGAGGUCACCAGCUGGUGCGGGGACUGCAGUCUGGAGGACACCAAGGGCUCGGAUGGCUCACGGCCACGUCACCAGGGCUGUCUCAGAAACAGCCCAGGGGCUCAGACUGGAGGAUUCACGGAGCCAGAGACCACGCAGCAGACACGUGGGCGGGAGCAGACACGAGUCCUAACUUCAUAUUAGAUUCUCAGGUUUUUAUUUAAUUUUUUUAAUGAAAAGUUGGUGCUACUAUUAAAUUGCACACUUAAGUCAUUUAGAUUCCUACAGUGAUUUCCCCCAAUUCCACGUUUCCUCUCAACUGAAACCCACCCCACUUGGUCCUGGUACCGGGAGCCUGCGGACCAGUGGCCACGAGUCAGGCCACGUUGAAAAGAAUAUCAGUGUUUGGCAAAUGGAACAGUCUCUCGUGAGCGUCUCCGGGUGCCACAGGCUCCUGUCGGCCCGGUAACCCCCAUCCCUUCCCUCUGGCCCUCUCUGCCACGGUCCACGCGCCCCAGCAGCUCCUCACACCAGAUCUGUGGCUCAGGCGCACGCACUCCCGCAGCUUCUCCUUCCCCGUGUGAUAGGUUGUCGGGCUCCUUUUAGAAACGGGCCUGUCGUCACUGUAACCUGCUGCUUGGUUGUGGACCAGCUGUGAAACCCCCCUCCGUGGUGGCGACACUGCUCGUGCACCGUGGGGCUGCUCCUGGCCGAGCACACGGGGGAAUCGGUGCUCUGGGUUCUCUUUCCGACGGUGGCGUGGGAUGUGGGAACUUCCUAAUUCCAGGUUGUGUGCCUUAGAGAAACAACACCCCAUACCUCAUGUGUUUUCAAGUGCAUGACGCUUUAUGAAAGUUUGCCCACGUUUUCAGCAUUAGAUACGGCAGAGAAAUCACGUCCACUGUGCAAAAGGGUCUUUCAGAAAUCCGUGAAAAGCAACUUUCAUACCUCAUGGUCGCUCUCUCUUCAAUUGACCAAAACCCCCUAUUUUGUUCUAAGAACAGAGUGAUCUGUGCUCUGAGACUUGUGUCCCUGAGUGCCCACUGUGUGCCGGGCGCUGAGCGGGACCCAGACGAGGGACCCACCUGGCCGUCCCAGGGGGGCUUGCAGCGCACGGCAGGGCGAGCUCACGGGGGGGUCCCUGUGCGGGGUGGGAGGCGAGUCUCAGUGUCCGGCAGGCAGUGGGCAGUUUAAGAGCCUGGCUUCAGUCCAGUGUGGGCACCAAGCUGCCACGUCUCUGGGGGUGGCAUUGACCUCCCCACCGUAAGCACAGUCACAGGGGAUUUAAACGUGAGGCCGACUCCUCAGCCCCACGUCGCUGAGUGACAGGUAGAAGCUGGCUGUUGCCGCACCAGACGUGAGACUGCUAUUGAAACAUCAAGUCAGAUUGAUUGACCGGAUCUCGGACCCAGUGUCCGUAAACUAGAAGAUGGAGAGUUUGGUUUAGAAGUUGGAUGGUUCUGUAAGUUGCUCAGCAGCGGACCCAGUUCCGCGCGUGUGUUCGUGUCCUGUGGUUUCGUGGCAGAGGUGACGUGCACGUAGAUCGGGAGGCUGGGGAGAGCUGCACGCUGGAGGGGAGGCCGACUCGCAGGGACGUCUGCAGCUGCAGGUGACGUGUCCUCGGGAUCGAGGUGGAAUCUCACGUGGGCGUGGGAGCCGUGGGCAGUGCAGGAGCUGUGGGCUGUGCGGACGCGCUGUAGCUGCACCAGAAGGGGGUUGCUGUGAUAGGAAGCGGAGUGUACGUGUUUAUUUACUUUCCUAACUGUUCCCACCAGCCAGAUGCCUUUUCUCUGUUCAUUGUAACCAAUACGUUACCAAAGAAACGUUUGCACUAUGUAACAAUGCCUUUGAGUUGGAAUAAACGGGCCACGUUUUCCAGUGGA